CUGGCCCUGCUGUCAAUCUUCAGAAACAUCCUCUGACCGGAUAUGGUCUACCCUCGCUUCCUGUUGGAAGGGGAGAAACUGGGUUGUUGGUGCUCUUGGCAGAGGUGCUGUGUGCGUGCCCAUAGACCGGCUGUCUGCAAAUCCAAAAGGAUCCUUCAGUCAAGGUAUCCAAGUCACUUGCUCUACAAUCUGCUCUUGCCUGUUGUUACUGACCAUAUCCAUCAUGCCCAGGGGACAAAAGAGCAAGGCCCGGGCUCGUGAGAAACGCCGCCAGACCAAAAUGGAGUCCCGAGGGCUUGAGGAUACUCACACCAAGGCAGCAGAGAAAAGAGAGCCACCCUCCUCUUCUGCUCAUGCCUCUGAAGAUGCUAUGACAAGUAUUGCUGCUGAUGUCUUUUCCAAGUUGUUUCAAGGAAUGCCUUACGUCACUACUUUCAGUAUCUGCAUUGCCUGCAAAAGGUCUGAUAAAAUUGCCAAGAGCAGACGGAAGAAAAAUACGACAAGAUCCUCUAGGACCCAGCACUCCAAUAAGAGCCCACAGAAAGAUCUUCUUAAAAAGAAGACAGGGAUGCUGAUGGAGUACAUGCUCAACAAGUACAAACAGAAAGAGCCCCUCUUGAGAGAAGAAAUGUUGAAUGUUGUCAACAAAAGCUUCAAGGAGCAGUUCCCUGAGAUCCUCAAGAAAGCUUUGAACCGCAUGGAUCUUGUUUUUGGACUAGAGAUGAAAGAAGUCCAGCCCAAUGGUCAAUCCUACAUGCUUGUCAGCAAGCUAGAUUUCAAGGAUGAUGGAAGUAGAAGCAGUGAGCUGGGUCUUCCCAACAGGGGCAUUCUGAUCCCCCUCCUAAGUGUGAUCUACUUAAAUGGCUACUGUGCCCCAGAGGAGGAGGUCUGGCACUUCCUGAAUAUGCUAGGAGUCCAUGAUGGGGUCCCACAUCUCAUCUUUGGGGAUAUCAGAAAGCUCAUCACUGAAGAGCUAGUGCAAGAAAAGUACCUGGAAUACCGUCAGGUCCCUGACAGUGAUCCUCCAUCCUAUGAGUUCCUGUGGGGUCCAAAAGCCUAUGCUGAAGCCAGCCAGGUAAAGGUGAUGGAGUUUUUAGCCAACAUCAAUGAAACUGGCUCCUCUACCUACCCAUCCAAUUAUGAAGAAGCUUUGAAGGAAGAAGAUAGAGCCCAUGCUGUAGGGCCAGCCCAGAAAAGCACUACAUGCAAGACUAAGAGACAUUCUAAAAGCAAGUCAAGCCUUCCUACCUGCUAGUGAGAUCUAAGGUCGUUUCUACUACAUGAUUGAAAGAGCCUACUAAUCUUUGCUAUUGUGAUGCUCAAGUUAGUUAUUGGUAAAGCUGUUUAGAAGUCAGAAGUUAAAUAGAAAAAUACCUUAGAUCAUUUAUUUUAGAAAAAUAAAUACAUCAGUGCCUUCCUUGUUUUUUACCAAGUUGAGGGUUGAAAGUUUGAUUUGAUAUGAAAUGUGAUUUGAAAUUUCAUAGUUAACUUUAGUGAUGUACCAUAACAUAAUAUGGAAUUACAAUCUAAAUUGCCCGAGAGUAGGAGAGAAAAAAAGACACAGAAAAAAAUAGACUUUCAGUUCAUGUUUUGUUGUACUCCACACUUUCUUUUUUCAAACAUGUAAGAGAUGCAUACUUUCUUUGCUUAUGACAUUAAAGGUGUAUAAGAAACUAAA